GAUAUUUAUCGUACCGCUGAAUGUUAUAUUGAACACCUCACAAUAAUUUCUGCGAAAAACUAACACAUUAAUCGUACUUUCGUCAAAGUAGCAAUGUAAAUGUUUGUAAGACGAGUUUUAAAGCCGCUCCGGUAAGUUGUGUAACCUUCACUGACAACCGAACCGGGGCUAAGUUAUUUUAGCUCUGACUAAAGGUCACAAAGCUGCUGCUUGUUGCGGUUUGAUACUCUUUAUUUCUCGUGGCUAUGUAAACAAGCUGUCACGUUGGUUAAUUUAUUUUUUAUGAUGAAAUAAUGACGUGACGCGCCAACAGUAGCUCUAGAAACGCAUUUUUAAUAUCAGACUUUAAGGGUUUACUCAGAAAUGACAGAAAUUCUGCGGAGAAUCCACAGCGGCAUCCUAAAAGUGGCGUUGUUCCCCAGCACAUUUGGGAAUAAAGCGCUUCGUCCUGUCGCCUCUGAAGUAUUAACAUGUCACCUCACACAGCGCGCGCUCCCGCCCUGGACUUCGUUCUGCGUGCGCUACCGUGAUGUCAUCAAUGACCAGUUCGGUCUGUCCAACUUCAACUGGCAGGUGAAGGGAGCGAACUACCACAUCCUUAGGACUGGUGCUUUCCCUUUCAUCAAAUACCACUGCACCAAAGCGCCUCCACAGAACCUGGACUUUGAAAAUAUGUUUUUUGGUGCACUGAAAGUCAUCAAUCUUGGUAUCCCAUGCUUGGCAUAUGGCUUGGGCUCAUGGAUGGUAGUUGGUGUGACGGAGACAGUUCAGACAUCUGCAGGACCUGUUACGGUUUACUUUGCAUACAAGGAGGUGGAGGGCGCUCAGUUCUAACAUCAGAGACACAAGGACACUCGAGUUUCACAGGCCAAUUUUUGUCUUACAGAAUCUCUGAAAAUGUAUGCAAAUGGCCUGGAAUGAACAAAUGCACUUUUGCACAAAUGAUAAUAAAAUAAAAUUAUUAAUUUUCAA